AUGUUCAGAGACAGAACCAACUUAUACUUGUCCUACCGUCGGACCUUUCCUCAUAGCAGCUCCUUGUCUGAUAGGUUUGACACUUUGCUUGAGGAAGAGCAGGGCUUGAUAAAUAACGAUGGAUAUAGCGACGCAAAUGAUCCUUUCUUGGAUGAGCAUCGCAUAGAAAAUGGGCCAGAGGAGAUUGAAAUGAAGACUCUUCCUCCUGCUUUUUUGGACAUGAAUGGCGAGCUCGACGAGUCUCUACAUUUUAUAUCAAAGAGAAUCGAAGAAUUAACUGUGCUAUACAAGAAAAACAUAUUGCCUGGUUUCAAUGAUAGAUCAAUGGACGAAGAAGAAAUUGAAAAACUCAACUACAUAAUCACCAGAAAAUUCCAGCAUUGCUACGGUUUGGUCAAAAAAUUGGAUACCAUAAAAAAGACCAAUAAUGAGACAAAACUAAUUAAAAAAAAGAGUGAAUUGAUAAUGAUAGAAAACAUAAAAAAGAAUUAUGCUUUGAAAAUCCAAAAAUAUUCCUCAAGUUUUAGGAAAUUACAGAAUAACUAUAUAAAGUUUCUUAAACAGGAAGAUUUUGAUGCAAAUUUGAACAGCAAAAGUGUUGCAACUAUCUCAAGUUCAAAUUUAGCCACUUUAGAAACUGAAACAAAAGAAGUGGAAGAAUACUCAAGACAAGCAUUAAAGGAGUCUUCAACAGUACUACAAAAACAUGAUUCCGCCAAUUUAAUAAGACAAAGAGAACAAGAAAUAUCAAAAUUAGCACAGGGAAUACUCGAGGUUUCUGCUAUAUUUAAAGAAAUGCAAAACAUGGUUAUCGAUCAGGGCACAAUAUUGGAUAGAAUUGAUUACAACUUAGAAAAUGUUAAAACAGAAAUUCAUGAAUCUAACAAACAGUUGAAUAAAGCAUCUAAUUUUCAAAAGAGGACUCAGAAAUGUAAAAUUAUUCUAUUAUUGUCUCUACUUGUUCUCGGUUUGUUGAUAGUGGUGAUUACAAAACCGCAU